AUGACUACAUAACUCAUUUCAUAUUACGUUAAAUGCUAUAGAUUCCCUAUUGUCUUUAAGGAUUUAGUUGAAUAAGAAGAUAAAACUCAUAGUUUGCCUCAAAAUCUUGUUUAAGAUGAUGAAGGAUUUAUAUUGCAUCUAAUCGAUAAUCAUAAGCAUUUGAAAUAUGGCUCAUUUGAUUUGACAUUGGCAUAGAAAAUAGGAGAGACCAUAGAAUUAGUUAAUGGCAAAGAAAUAUAUCAUUGGAAUUCAAAUGCUUAUGAAAUUAAGAGGUAGAGUAUUAUAGAUUAUUGA